UGCAAGCCGCAGUGCCAAGCGGACUAUACCGCUCAGAUCGCGCGUGCUGAAGAUUGUUCAAAAAAAAAACAAAAAACGUUGCUGAAUUAUUUGUGUUUAUUUUAUAGUGACUUUAAAAGACCGAAGUGAAAAUAAAUUGAUGUUUAUAUUAGUGUGUUGUGUUUAAAAACUUUACCAGAAAGAAGGUAUGAUAAGUUGCGCAUCCCCCGCCGGCAUGCCGCCAGCUCCACACUCCGCUCACACGCAACCCUGGGGUCCCCUUCUGCAACCAACUGCAGUAAAAACGGAACCGAUGGACGAUACGAGCUUCUCGAAAGAACAAACAAGUGGAUUUUACUCCGAAGGGUUUCAUAGUGCUUCUCCUUCAUCCUCGAGUAAAGACUCUAACGGUCACUCUCCCCACAGCGUCGGCAGCGCUGGAGAACCGUCGCCCUACUAUGAUAAUGUGCAGCUCAAAGCUAAAGCAAAUUUGGGAGUUCAUCUAGAUUCCUACCGUGGCGCAGUACCAUACAACUUACUUACACCUCCAGGUUUCGAGCACAAAAUCAAUGAUGGACGUGAACCAUCACCAAGUUACGAAAUUGCAUAUUCCUCAAAAGUACCUCCUGCUCAUGUAUCCACGCCAAUAUCUCAUGCAGAUUCUACACCCCCAAAAUCACCCAGAACACCAUCAUCUUUGGAACAAGAACAGGAGCGAAGAUCGUUUGAAAGAUUCCAUGAUUCUGGCUUUGAUGGUGUUCAGAGCAAACAAGAUAUCGACGAUAGUCGUGAUGGAUCUGGCCUCGAGGACGAUUUUGAUGAAGAACCUGGACUCAGGGUUCCAGCCGUAAACUCACAUGGAAAAGUAAAAACAUUCAAAUGUAAACAGUGCGAAUUCGUAGCUGUCACCAAGCUUAGUUUUUGGGAACACAGUAAAGAACAUAUUAAACCAGAAAAAAUGUUAUGCUGUCGCAAAUGCCCAUUUGUAACUGAAUACAAACACCAUCUCGAAUAUCACAUGAGAAAUCAUUUGGGAUCAAAGCCAUUCCAAUGUAGUCAGUGCUCGUACUCAUGCGUCAAUAAAUCUAUGCUCAACUCACACCUCAAGUCACAUUCUAAUGUGUAUCAAUACCGCUGCGCUGACUGCAGCUAUGCGACAAAGUAUUGCCAUUCUCUGAAAUUACAUCUCCGUAAAUACCAACAUAAUCCAGCAAUGGUACUUAAUAUAGACGGCACACCAAAUCCUCUCCCAAUAAUAGAUGUCUAUGGAACUCGACGGGGUCCUAAACAGAAGCCUCUCUCAAAAAUCUUUGAACAACAAGUUUCUAUGAACAAUAAUGCCAAUCAAUCGCAGCCACCGCCCCCAACGCAUUCUCUAUUCGGAAGUCAUUUUCCAGUAAGCUUACCAUACUUGCCACCACUUUUACCUCCCUCGUUUCUCUUCCCUCCAAAUAAUAACUACGAGCAAAGAACAUCACCAAAACAAUGCGAAACGAUUUCUGAUAAGACAGCAGCGUCGCCACCCCCUUCAAUUUUACACCAACGCCUUUCCUACGGAGAGCGUCAACCAGAAACGGGUCCAAUAACAUCACCGGCCGUGUCACCAGUCGAUUUGCCUCGUAUACCGACCAUGCGAAAUACUUCUCCGGUACAAUCAAACGACGCUCUUGACCUUACAAACGGCAAAGCUAGCGAGGCAGGUUCACCGCCACCUACAGAACCACAAGCACCUGCAACACCUACUACGGCACUCAAAAAUAGAAGAAAAGGCCGUGCUUUUAAACUGCAGCCUGCAGCUUUAAGAUUACAACACGAGGAUGAUAAAAUGCGGGACGCUGAAGCCUCCGAAACGGAAUCCGAUGAAGACACGCCAUCUACCAAGGCGCAGAAUACUUACUCGUGUCAGUACUGCGAUAUUACCUUCGGCGACCUUACAAUGCAUACGAUACAUAUGGGUUUUCAUGGAUAUAAUGAUCCCUUCAUGUGUAAUAAGUGCGGAGAAAGAAGCGCCGAUCGUAUAGCAUUUUUUAUUCAUCUUGGCCGAGCUCAACAUGCUUAACUUUUUUAAGACUACUGUUAACAAUCCUAGUCAAAGCAAGUUACUUGAGCCGAAAUGAUAAUUAUAAUUAACUAAUUGUAGAAAUGAGCAAAACAUAGAUAAUGUAACUUUAGAAUUGUUUUAAUACUACUUCUAAAUUGAUUUAUAAGGCCAAAGAAUAUAAGUAGGUACACAUAAAAAUCAUGAAUUCAAAAACUGGGUUCGAUUAUUUUAUUAUGUAAACAUAUAAUAAUAUGUUUAUUUUAAAAUCUAAACCUUAUUUUUCAUGAUACUGUGCUUAAAAACUAAACAAUACGAAAUUAUUUUUACCUAAUGUUAUAUAUAAGUAAAGUAAAUUAUAGAUAGUAAGUAGAUAGACAACGGCAAGCUCGACUUUCAUAGAUGAUUUAGAGAACAUCCCGAAUAGAUUUAAGUACAUAGACGUGUGUUAUGCCCCAUGUUAUGUAAUAUAGCGAUUAGACUUUAGAAACGUGUGACCAAUAUGUAAACAAGACUGUAUAUCUUGAUUAAGUACAAAGAACAAAAGAAAUAAUCACAGGAAUACCUCCGUUUUACUUGUUCUAAGUUUGUUCUAUAUUUUAUUAUUUAUUAUCAAGUGAGGGAUUGCAAUUGGAGAAAUACAAACACUCGAUGUAUUUAAUACAACACAACAGGAUAAUUAAUAUUCGAUAUAUCAGAACACCAACACGUUAUUUUACCAAUAUUGUACAAUAUAUACAAACGGUGAAGUUACCUAUUAGUCCUUUAAAUACGUCGUAUACUAAGAAUAGGGAGAUAGGUGUUAUGUAAUAAGUAUCUAAUUAAACUAAUCAGAAUGUAUUUAUAUCGGCCAAAAAAGAAUUAUUUUAUUUAUUUAUCCUUAUGGUGUAACGUGUGAUAACUUUGUUUUAUAUAGACAUAUAGUUGUGUACUGAGAAUUUACGUUGUGCGAAUCAUCGAUUACUUGACGACGGAGAUUUUUAUUGUCAUUGUAAAUGGUUAUUCGAAAUUAGUCAUUGGAGUCAAUCUUUCUCUAAACCUACGGCUAAUUUUAAAAUUUGAUAUCACAGCGAAAUCUUAAUUAUAAAGACCAAUAUGAACUAAAUUUCUAAUAGAUUUUAUUCAAAGUGACUAUUAAGUUUAUGAUGGUCUGUAAAAUCGUAUUUUCGCAAAACUAUCAAAUUAAAAUUAGUUAACUUUAUUAUCGUUCGAAAAAUGUUUGAUUUUCAAUUUUUUUUUCGAAUUCUAAUGCACGAGAAUCGGCCCACUGAGACAUCCCAGUAUAGUCUUUAAAUACUAGAAAAAAAUUUUAGGAACAAAUUAUAAUUUUACUUAAAUUGCUUUAAAUAUUUGUGUAUUGUUUUGUAAUAUACUCAUCAAAAGUGUCUAGGAAUUAAGUACGUUUUAGACUAUGACUGCAAUUAAGAAUUAUGAUUUUGACUUUUUGAAUCGUUAUUGAUUGAUUAAUUGAUUUAUUUAAAUAUUUUUUUUUUAAAUAGAAAAUGAACUGUCAAUCAGGAUUCAUAUCAUCAUCAUUUCAUGAUUGGCUGAACGUCAUCAAGCUCUAAAACAGUACGUAGGCGUUUCGGAAGGGAUAUUGGUCUAUACUUCUUCAAAAGGGUAUUGUCAUCCCUCUUGAAGAUCAGGACUACCGCACUUCUACUCCAAGCCUCGGGCGUAACACUCUUCUGGAUGACGAAAUUAAAUAGCUUCUGAAGAACUACAAAUACCGGUUUACCGCCCGGUCUCAGAAGCUCUGCUGUAAUUCAGUCCUCCCCGGUGUCUUGCCGUUUUUAAGCUGUUUGAGAGCCAUUGUGUGAUUUGUGUCAAUGAUGAAAACACAGAAUAUACAUUUUUUUUUUUUUGAUAAAUAUUUAUAUUUAAAAAUGUACCUGAUCUCUAGACACUUUUGAUAUGUGUCUCUUUUCAUUUAAGAGUUUCCUCUUGUCGGUGCAACUAAUUCAUGCAUCUUCGUCCAGCGAGCUCUAUCCUUGACCUCCCCAUACGACAUGACACCUAGUGUUUCUUUUAUCUGUCCCAUGUAGUUAUUUCUCAAUCUUCCUCUUAUGCCCUUUAUUUUUCCUUCUAUGCUCUUAAAAAAAUCGUCAUGUCGUAUAAGGUGGCCCAGUAUUUUGCCUCUUCUAUUCUCUAUUAUUUUAAUUAAUAUUCUUUUCUCGUUCAUUCUUUUCAGGACUUCCUCAUUCGUUACUUUUUUCUGUACAGCUUAUCCUUUCUAUUCUCCUCCAUGUUCACAUUUCGAAUACCUCAAGCAUCUUUCUUUCUUUCUACGUCAUUGUCCAUGUUUCACAUCCAUAUAAUGCUUUGCUCCAAAUAUAAGUUUUUAUAAAUUUCAUAAGGAUUAUUUUGGAUAUUUUUGAUGUAAAUAAGAAAUAACUAUCUACUUAAGUCUGUAAAUUAAAAAUACCAAACAUAAUUCAUUUGUAUAACAUUCACAUAUACCAUUGAUAUAUCAACAACUCAUAGAUAGAUAUACUGUUAAUUUAUUUAUCAAAUGAUUUUUUUUUAAAUGUUAACAUAAUAGUUUAAGUAUUUAGUGUGCAAUUGUAACAAAAUUAAUAUGUAAUGAACACGAAAAUACCACCUUUUAAAGUCACUUCCAAAUUGUUCAUUGUUCAUAAAAUAUAUUGCACCGGCCUUUCAAUCGAACUGAAGUUGAUAGAAAAUACUUAUUAUUAUAAAUUGUUAAAAUUAAUAUUAUUAUUAAUUGAUUAACUUUGACAUUAAAAAUCACGAUUCGAAAUACAUUUUUGAAAAUCAUGCAUAAUUGUUUAAAAUCAGUACACAUAAAGUAAAAAUUGUGACUUAUGUUAAUUAAUAACCAAAUUAUUGUGUAUCUAUGAUAUUUAAGUUAUUAAAGGAAAUGAUAUUUAUUAUUGUAACUAUUGGAGAAUUUCGUUUGCGUGCUGAA